AUGUAUUUGGUAUACUUAGCCGCUUUGAUAGCGGUAUGCAGUGCAGCGAAACUAGAUCGCACUUACCUACCGCCAGCUUCAGCUAUAACAGUAGGGGGCAGUCCAGCUGCUAUACAAGCACCACUUUUACGAGAUUCUAUCAGUGAAGAUCAAGGCAGAUUUCCGAACGGUGCUUUUGAUAACGAUUUUGACGGAGUCGUUGUUGAGGCAGUAUCCCCAGGAACUAGAGUAUCAAGCCCGGGUGAAACUGGAUUAGGAGCUCCUAGAAUUUCUUAUGGUUCAAGUUACUCAAAAGUUGGCGAAGCAGCUUUCAAACCUAUCAAUCAGCAAGGUGUUCAGACUCAAAUUGCAUCUCAAUUUUCCAGAAAUUUCUAUCAAGUACCUAACAUCGAUUUUAAAAGAGCAUCGGGACGACCACAGGCUGCAGCCGAUCGAGCUUCAAAUAUAGUGCGUUUUCAAAAGGAAAUAAGACCUAAAUCUUACAACUAUGCUUUUCAAACAGACAAUGGAAUAACAGCAGAGGAAAACGGAGUCACCAUAAAUGGAGCGGAGGUACAAGGUGGAUAUUCAUAUACCGGUGACGAUGGAAAAUUGUAUAAAGUAACGUAUACAGCUGGAAAAGGAGGUUACCAACCAAUUGGAGAUCAUCUGCCUACUUCACCUCCUAUUCCUGAUGAGAUAUUGAAGUCUUUGGAACAGAAUGCAAAAGAAGCUGCUGCUGGAUUAGUGGAUGACGGGUCGUAUGAUGCUGCAAAGUAUAAUGCUGAAAACGACUACACUAAAAGUGACAAUGAUUAUAACAAGUAUAAGAACGAAGAAUCUGCUUUAGGAAAAAAAACCGAGUUCGAUGCCGAUGUAAGUGGAACAUUCGUUAGUCAAAAUCAUCAGAUAUUUGAAAUUCCAAAUGUCAAGGAACAACUUACUCCGUAUUUUAAUUAUACACCAAAGGAUACAAAUAUAAAUAAUGCUUUUGAAUCAUACGCAAAUAUUAACAACAAAAAUGAGAAAACUUCAGGGCAGCAAUUCAGUGAUAUAACAGUGUUUGAACCAAUUUCAACACAAAAUACUUUGAAUCAAGUUAAUUCUAAUAAAAAUACCCAUAUGGAGGGAAUACCUAAUGAUGAUGACUUUUCAAGACCUAUAUAUUUUGGAUCGAUAGAUCCAAACCAAGCACUAAACAAAGGUUUUGGGAUCGAAAAUUCAUAUUUACCCCCACCAAAUAUUCAACGACAAAACUUUAGUUAUACACCGGGAGUCAACGCACAAAACUCUACCACACAACUAAAUUUUAAGAGUUCUCCUAACGAACAUCAAGAUAUUAAAAGAAAUAAGAGUCAACAAAAAGUUGACUUUCAAUUUGAACCUCAUUCUUUUCUUAAAGAUAAUUUUGACAAAUAUAGUCAAAUUUCAAACUCUCAGAGUCACGAUCUGUUUCAAAAUAGCUUUUUCAAUGACAUUGAAUUAAAUAAAAAUUCAAAUUCUCAAAAACAACCUAACUUCAGUCCCGAUACUUUUAAUAAUCUGCAAGCAACUUUUCAACCUAAUACAGAAAUAACAACACCUUUUGUAGAUUCCGCAGGGAAUAUCGCUUUUCAAAAACGAAACCAAAAAGUACCAAUUCCAACUCAGUCAUCAUUCUUGUUAGUUCCGACUUCUAAUUCUCAACCUCAUAAUGUAGCCCAUUCUAAUUAUGAAAGAUCUAACGAUAAUGUUAAUAUUCAGUUAAAUCCAAUUGCGCCACAUCAGGUCUCGAAUGGCUUCCAAGAUAUUUCUAACAAGGGAGUAACAAAAUUUAAUGACAAGUCGCAAUAUCAGAGUUCAGAUCAUUCUUAUUAUUAUAAUCAACCUUCAAAACCUUUUGAGGCCUCUUAUAAAAAUAAUGAAGAAGCUCUACCAAAUAUCAAUUCUGGUAGCAUUAAUUUGAUGCAGAGUAGUAAAAAUAACUUUAAAAAUCUAAAUAUGCAAUUUCAAAUUUCUAAUAAAUAUCCUAGGCCUCCUACAAUUCCAUCUACUAGGACAAGUUUUUCUAAAAUAUCAUAUAAUGAAAAUGUAAAUACUCCCCAUGAUGUAGUUUCAUCACAAAACGGCGAGUAUGGGGCUUCCGCAAAUUACCCAAAACUCCCUACAAUUGCGAAUAUAACUCCAUCUCCAUCAAAAUCUACAGAUCAAGACAUAAGUAGAUUUUUAUCUCAUUCCACUGGAAUAACUCAAGCCUCUAUAUCACCUUUUCCCUCUCUUUCUUCUAUGACAAACUUUGGACCUAUUUCAAAUAUUAAGAAACCAGACAACUUUCGUUUUAAUCAAGAUAUCUCUCAGAGUCUAUUUCUUAGCCCUUCUACAGCUUCACCACAAGAAAACACGUUAGGACAGUCAUCUUACCAACAAUCAAAUAACAAAUUAGAUCAAACGGAUUCUCAUAAUAACCAAGGUUUUGUUCAACAAACAACUAAGCAAAUAAUUCCUCAAUUUAAUUAUAUUGGUAAUAGACCGAGUGAACAAUAUGAUGGAGAAGUAUACGAAUACAAAAAACCAGAUGAUUCAUUUUCUACUCCUUCAAAAUCAGAAAAAGAGAAUCGAUCAUUAACUGAAAACAGAUUUGCAGAGUUUGGUCAGAAACUCCAACCAUCGUUUAUUCAAAGAGAAAGUCAAAGAGAAAACCAAAAUGAAUACAAUAAUACCUCUCAAAUAAUUUUUCAAGAAUUUCAACUUAAUAGAAACAACAUAAAAAAGGAACAAAAACCUCUAGGCGAUUCACAAAUAUCGAAUUUUGAAUCGUCAAUGCAAGGAACAAAAUUCACGUCAGAUGCUUUUACAAAAAGUCAAGGGAAUAAAAAUUACAACGUUCCAUUUGGAUUUUCUGAUAGAGUUAAGCCUUGUUGCCAGAGAUUUCAAAUGCCAUCACAAAAUACUGUCCAAUAUCAGCCGGAUUCUAAUUUCAGAAGAUUUGAAAUGCUCAAACCUCUAAGUACUGACUUUAAACCCAAGAGCAAAGAAGGCAUUUCAACUACCCAAACUACAGGAGUACAGGACAAUCAAGGAUUUCAAACUGCACAUACCACUAGUCAAUUAUCUCAAACAGGUGGCAGAGAAGAUUUCAGUGGUCCUCAAAAAUCACCAGCUUUUGAUGAAGCAUCUGGCUACUAUUAUUAA